AUGCCUGUUUACAAACGUGCGUUGAUUAUGUAAUUUUCCCUACAUUUUCUUAGUUAAUGUCAAGUGGAAGAAACAGAAAUUUACCGAUGUUGAGUGUGACACAAAUGAACCACCUGGAUCCUUCAAAGCUGUUCUGUUUUCUCUUACGGGUGUCCCACCCGAACGCCAGAAUGUUAUGAUGCCUGGAGGAAUUCUUGGAGAUACCAACUAUGAUGGCAUCAAACUCAGAGAUGUUGUUUUUUCGAGUUCUUACUUUUCUCUUAGGGGGCUACUAUUAUGCUGAUGGGUUCAGCGGAAGAAAUACCACCGAGUUUACUUUCUACUUCGCAUGCCCCGGUUGAGCAGGCUCAGGUCCAUGAACGAAAAUUAAGAAUGCCCAUUGGAAUCGUCAACCUCGGAAAUACCUGUUAUAUGAACGGGACUCUCCAACUCCUGUUUUCUAUCCCCGAGUUACGGGAUGCUCUAUCAGUGUGCGUCAUUCUUACCAUUUAUCUCUCAUGUUGUUUGCCUUUGUCGGUGCGUGUUUCCACAUCUUGUGCUUGGUAAGCGUAGAAAUGUGGUAGAUACCACGGACGGUUUUAACCACUGGAAGCUGGGGCUAAGAUCACGCAAAAACUAGGACCCAUAAUUGACGAGACCGCUCUGCCUAAACCCUAUCAUUUUAUAUCAUUCGGUAAUUAAGUCGUUUAGUUUUACUCUCACGCAUAUAUGUAUGCUGCGUACAAGUUACCGAAAUCCUGGCUUUGAGGACACUUCUCCAAUAUUUGUUAGUAAUCAGCCCGAUUCCGUCUCAGCAGUUGUGAACAUCUAUUUUUUCAGUCCUUUAACCCUUGCGAAAAUAGUGUUCUCAGCAAUAAUUGAAAUGAGCUCAUGACGUUUCCAAAUUUAAUCGUCUAACCUGUUUUAGCAUGCAUUGUUACGUUCACUUUUAGGCAUGCAGAAGAUUUCCUUGGUAACAGCGCCUCAUUCACUUUUGGAGGUCGCCAAGUUUUACUAUGGUUGAUACUUUGUGUUGGGUUACUUGGAUCGCAAUCAAAACAAGCUUGUCCACCGAGAAAUAGCCGAACGAAAAGAUUCACACACAAAUGCAGAUGGGGUGGGUAUUUAAAUUCUCGGCUUAUUCGACGUCAGUCAUGCUGCAACCACAUUAACGUUAAAUACCCACUUCAUUUAACUGCGAGACGAGGUGCAGCUUUAUGACAUUGAAAUAUCCCACUAUCGUGAGUAGUCCUACAGUUAUUGGUUACCCGACCAAAGUACUUCUUGCGAUCUCCAUAUCAACAUGGGUUCCCGAAGUAUAGGCCUUCGGAAACGCCCUUUUCAUCACGUACUUUUCUCACGUUACUGCUGUGUCUUGGAAACUGGCUUAUGUCAGACCGACCUGUUUUAACUCGCAACUUACACCUAGAAUCUUAAAUAAGUGUCCGUUACCGAGCAAUCGUCGACUGUUCGUGCCGACUACUUGCCUUUAUUCUCCAGUAGUCUGUGAAAAACGGUUGUUUCGUUAACGUCAUUUUAAUCGUGUCGUUCGACCCACUUUAUCUUUUGACUUACUUUCUAAUUGUUACCCAAUCAAUAGUGUUGUUUGAAAACAUGUCUUCGUACUUUCGUUGAAUCGACAUUUUGUCUUCCGUCUUCUCAACAUGUCACCAGUGUUGCAAAUAAUAUAUUAUGAUAACUGGAUGCAAAAUCAUAUUUAUUCCUCGAUUUUUGUCGGAUUUUACUUUAGUGUGGAGCCCUCGCGACUACCAACCAGCAUGAACGAAAACUCGAAAGCCCUCAUCACUUCGAUGCGUUUCCUUUUUCAGUCCAUGGAUAAGGCUGAAAAGGCCGUUAUUCCCGUCUUCUUUUUGAAAGCUCUUCACUCUAACUUUCCCCAGUUCGCAACAACCGCUAGCAAUGCCACCGCGGGCCAGUUGGACCCGGCACUGGCAGUAGCAGGUAUGGGCAUGCCUGUCUAUCAGCAACAGGACGCAAACGAAUGCUGGACCGAGAUCGUGAGGAUCCUGCAGAGGGUUACUGUGGACUCACAUGCACUUCAAAGCAAACCGGUAGUUCUCAUGUUUUUUUUCAUACUUGUUGUUCUGUUGAGCAAACAAAGGCUGAAAAUCAAGCAUUUUGAUCCCCUAUCGAUACGUGUUAAGAUGCUUGUCCACGUUUACUCUCAGUACAAAGCGCUCCCGACCAUUUUCUCGUGACGGCCGUCUUAAAGAAGCAACUGACUUGACAACAACCUCAAACUGUGGGUUUACACCUCUAUUAAAGCUCGGUUAUCUUGACUCGUUUCGUUUUGCGACACCGCCGCACUGGCGUCCGCAAGAGCUUUAAGCCUAUUCUCCAAGUCAAAACUGAGCGGCUGUCGCCCGUCUAAAAGACCAGGCAGAUAGACGUCAUUUCCAGAGGACGGCUCGUUUUGUCCUGAUUUUCCGGUACCUCAUGUGCGGUUACAAAUAUGCUCCCAUGUAAAUGCCCAUGCGGUCUCGAGCUCGCCAUCCACCGCCCAUACUUCUCUGCGUUCACAUGUUUUCCCUUAACGGCAUCCGGCCCGCCAAACUGAAGUGUAUUUUCAGCAAAGGGUAUUCUAUGAGCCCAAUCAGUUGACGUAUUAGAACUGUUAAGUAUUUUGAACUUCCAAAAGCCCUACUAGUUUGUGUUUGGUAUUGUGCAUUCAGAUCCUGAAACUAUCCACUCAUGAGCUAUUGCCUUUCAGUUGCGGUAGAAGGAUUUGGGUUAUCGCCACAAUUAACUGUGUUUUAGGUGCCACUGUCGUGAGUCUUGUUGUAGUAGCCGUAGAAACGUAUGUAAAUUACUUUUUGAAAUUUUUCCAACUGGAAAUCCCAGUCAUGCUGGUAUGCAGUUCGCUGUUACGAUAGACCUUUAGAAAACUCCCGGUCUUGUUUUCUGGGUUCUUCCUCACUUGAAAUAUGCCUAGACUUUCAAUGCCAUAGUCCAGUGUUUACCCUUUCUACCCGCUCUAGGGUCUUCCGCAAAGCUUUGGCACUUCCGGUGGCUGGAAUCCGAUCGACCGAUUUUUGACAGGACAAAUCGCUUCCACGCUGACGUGCACGGAGGGUGAAGAGCUCUCACAGCAGUCAGUUGACACCUUCACUCAGCUCUCCUGUUUCAUUGAUAAAGGUACUAUAUCUUCCUCCUCUCUAAGUCGCGCUCAGAUCUUUAGACUCGGUAAAAGUUCCGGUGUUCUAUACCCCGUCGCUCUUGAACAAUUUAAGCUUUGAUUUUCGGCAGACUCGAACAAUAAAAUAAAAGGAAGUGCUAUUUCUCAGAACGAUUAGUGAGUCGGACUUGAUCGCAGAUAUUUAAAGAAUAACGGUGGCACAUUGUGCCUUCUCUUAGUUAUACUUCUCUGUUGGCAUGCUUCUUUUGGCAAGACUUAUUGCGGCUGUCAAAGUAUGUGAUAACUUCUGCAGUCAUUCCAACGCGAACCUUUAAUGAUCUUUCAAAAGUCAUUGGCUCACCGUUUGCUCAUACCAUCUUUUGUUCGCCCGAAAUUACCCGUUUUGUUGACCAGAUUGUGUUUGGCGGGCUGUUCUCUCAAACCCGCGUUUUAUUUGCAGAUCAGCUGGGUUAGAUCUCUCAUGAAUAUGCCGACAUCUUUAUGCAUUUCACUCAAUGCGAACCAAUUAUGGGCUUAUGAGGACUCCAGCCUAUUUUGUUACUCCGUGACCUGCAGCCAGUUCUGAUUUGCUAGGCCCCAAGACUCAUAUUGCACUGCGCUAUGACCUGGGUUAUCAGUACUUCUUAAUAGCAUGACGCAAAGAUCGUUUAGUUUGUGAAUCUGCCUUGCUAGUACCGUAGGCCAAAGUCAUACUUCGCCAAUCUACGAGGUCAAACGUUAUAGACUUUUCGAUGGGGUUAGUGGUCCCGCGAAACCGUCAGCCAGACAUGUCAAACGUUCAUUUUUUAAGUGCAUUGGCGAAGCUGCAGUUCUGCUCGCUAACCGGAACUGCACUCGCCAUCCUUUCAAUGAAAACAAACCUAAAGAUUGACAGUGCGACCGCUGUCAGACUCCUAUCUGAUUGCACCGAGUCCCGUCUGGGAGAGGCUGCUGAUCGCGCUGUUACCAUCUGAGGAAACCGCUUACUCAGGUAAUUUUCGCGGCGGACGGCAACUCCCCUGUCUUCGUGAAAAAAUACCCCUCUAAGUUUUUAUGGACCGCUUGACUUUUCUCUGCCUCGUCUGCAACGCGAUGACUUGACUGCAUAUCCCUUUAAAGUGCCUUUUUGGCUCCAUCUACAGAAGUUAAGUAUCUCCACACGGGAAUACGUAAUGGCCUCGAGGGGACUCUGACAAAGAACUCUGAAGCCCUCGGCAGAGAGGCGGUGUACAAAAAGAUAUCGCGCAUCUCCCGUCUUCCUGGUUACCUCUGUGUUCAGUUUGUGCGCUUCUUCUACAAGGAGAAGGAACAGAUUAAUGCAAAGGUACGCACUUUGUCCUCUCUACAUCAAUAUGUUCACUCAGGCGCCACAAAUAUUGUUACUGAUAUCCUAAAAGGCAUACCGCGAAGUGGGAAAGUGACCAACCCUGCCGCUGUUACUCCUGCCACCACAUAUGGCAAAACCAAACAUGCAUGCUGUGAUUCACAAAAGAUUCCCAAUAAAUCGAAAGCAGACCCAUCUAAGGGUUAAUUAUCCCUCGAAAAUUAGUGUAAUGCACAGUUUGGUGUCCGGUCAAAUGUUCGGUCUCCAACGAAGUUUUCCAGAAUUAUGCGCAGGAUUGGGAGUUAAAACGUUUCAUUGUUGCAUCGCUCCAUAUGCGUCUGCCUAGCGCAGAUGCGUUUUUUCGAGUUUUUGGUCCAGGGGUUUGCUAUUUGACUAGGACUGAGUUAUAUUUAACAAGAGCGACCCUUACGCUACCGUUUUCUUUAAACGAACAAGAUUUUUCCUUCGUAAAAUCACUAUUCUUUUCGGCAACGGCAGGGACCGUUGAGUCUGAUGGGGAAAAUUCCGUUCGCAGUGUUCGUAGCCGAUCGUCAGAGUGGAAGGUCUCUGUAUGUUGUGGCUAUCAAGACUAUACAAAUAGGGCAGCUGGUGAUGCUUUCUACACAAGUAAUAUGUAUUUUGUAGUCAUUUUGUUAUUUUUAUUCCGGUGAUAUCUGUGGGUUGCCCUAGGCUCCUCAGAGAAAAUAGAUUUCCGUAACAAAGGCCUGGAUGCACUUGCUGUCAGUGGGAUAAAAGAGUCUCGAAGUCUAUGUUUUUAGAAAUUGCUCGGCUACUGAACACAUGCGAGUCUACUCUAUUCGCCUUUAUCCAAAGCAAAGUGAAGGGGCAAGACGGAACAUUUCGCCACGUGUUGUCAUGGAGCCUUUUUCAUGAUCACCCCUCAAUCAUAGGCUCUAUUCUAUUACCUUAGGUACAAUGCGUACUGGUCCUACAAAUAUUAGAAUAUUUUUCAGUGGUUAUUUAGACUACCUUUUCAGUUUAUAAAUUACCAGCUUGCUGAGAAUAUACAACGCAAAACAUCUUAUCCUGCAAAUGGAUAUUAUAUACGGAAGGUCGUGGUCUGCUAUCUCGGGGUUACUUUAGGAUGUUCGUAUAAGCCAAGAAAUGGCUUCUAUGACAGAGCAAUGUAUUGUUUGCUGUAACUGUUACUAUGUUUUAUGCUAUGGACUUGUACAGACUUCGAGUUAAAUUUUUUUAGUGCCAAAGCACUCGUAUUUGUUGAAGGAAACGCAGUCGUUCACAUAUCGCCCCACCUGGUCUGCGUGGGGUUAGAAAUCGCUUCAAGUUUGUGAAGGCCGUCUUAGCAGACUUUUUCACAAAGACGCGCAAUAACGUAGGUUGGGUUCACGACAUUUAUUGGUGUAAGAGCUCGUCUGACUAUGGGGCAAUGCUUAUUUUUGCCCAAAAGUGUCGCAUCCCUCGUGUACAAAGUGAUAUGGAGUAUCUUAUGUGAGAGAAAGGCUUCGUACGAAUCGUGCACGUCUGAGUAUUUACUCACUAUAUGUAUCCCCCUCAUAAUGUUUCUUUCAUUUGCCUGCCCACUACACUAUCUGUCGCUGAGAUAGUCGCUUCCUUUGUUAUUGCCUUUGAUUAAACAAUGCAUAAUUAUAUCAUAGAUUCUCAAAGACAUCAAAUUUCCACUGAACCUGGAUCUCUACGAGUUCUGCACCAAGGACCUACAGGAAAAGUUGCUGCCGGCGCGUGAGAAGGUGCGCAUCGAAGAGGAUGAAGAGGCCCUGUCAGCAAAGGCUAAAAAAAUGUCUAACUCCGCUAAAGACGGUAUGUCCGUUAUGUGCUUAGUAAACUGGGUCUUUGGAGGUUUUCAAAGAAAAUUAUUGGCUACGUAUAUGGAGUCGUUUUACCGUCGGUUUUUUCCUCCAGCCACAUGUGUCUAUUGGCCGGCCUUUUCGUGUUUUCAGACAAUUCGCCCAAUCCCAUCGACAAUCCCGACUUGUAUGAACCCUACUGGUUUGAAGAUGAUCCCGGAUCCAACAACACGGGCUUCUAUGAGCUUCAGGGAGUCCUCACUCACCAGGGCCGAUCAAGCACCAGUGGGCACUACGUCAGUUGGGUCAAGCAAAAAGGUAUGCCCCCUCUUUAUUUCCUUUCUUUCUAACUGCCUGGGAAUACUUAGAACCGUCUAUCUGCUACCCAGUUUCACGUGACUUACGGCACUGUUCGGAACAAUGUCAUUUCAGUACUCCAAUUCCUCUGUAAAAACAACCAUCACGGCGUGCUCAGGUUACCAAUUAGCGAGACGACCAGGCAUCACCCAAGACCAAGGGUCAAACUGCAAUGUCGCCUUGGUGUGACCUAUGUUUCUCCUUCACUUGUGUGAGAUCCGACAUCCCACUCAUGUGGAGUUGGGGGUAAGCAAGUGUGUUGCAUCCUUAGAUCUGGCCUUAGCUUCGUCAGUCACUGUUACAUCGCUAAUCACCAAUCUUAACCCCAUCUUGCCAAUGAAACAUAAUAAAGGAUGUGAAAAGAGAGGAUGAACCACAUGUUGCGCAGAUCUGUCUGACUACAAACCAAUUCACUCGGAAGUCUCGUCCUCUUCGAGACAGUAGUGGUCCUUGUCACUUUGAAUGGACGAAUUUAUUGUUACUCAGACUCGGCGGCCGCCUACUUACGUCAAAUAUGACUUCAAGGGCGAGAAGCACCUUAGAAGAAUUUAGCUAGCGGUAAAGGACCGGAGCGACCCCGAGGAUGGCUGUGCACAAUGUCCCGCCAAUUUACGAGAGCAGUGUUCGUGCCUAUAGUCGAAGAUAGGCACAUUUUGGCGAUCUCUGUUCGGUAUUUAUAUCAGGCUUUUCCUUCAUAUAAGCGGUUUCGCCAGCAAGCCGUCUCACAAUCGGUAGUAGAGCGUAAUUGAUCCCGAGCUGGGCUUUCCAACAUGUGUAUGAGGUACCCGUAUAAUUUUAUAUCUUAUGUACGUCUCACAUCCCCGUUUUUCAUCCCAUUCUUAUACGGUGUCAUUGAUUAGGAUUCGCAUCAAGAACGUGACUCACAAGUGAGAAGUCAGUCACUCGUUUCGACUGCCAUUCAUCAGUUGGUCUUAGUUCUGCCCAUUUAAUGUGAAUAUAAGAGUCGAAUUUUAAGUCCACCUUUUUUACUUGGAGUGCAUCCCUUCCUUAAUUUCUCUGAUUCCUUACGCCCUUCCACACGCAUGUUGCCUCCGAUGUUUCCGCGCCCCCACCAGGCAAGUGGUUCAAGCUGGAUGAUGACACCGUCUCCGAGGUGGGCACCGAGGAUAUCCUUAAGUUGUCCGGUGGUGGUGAUUGGCACUGUGCCUAUCUCCUCCUCUACGCGCCGCGGCGUAUCAAGGUUCGUCCUGCCGGGAAUACAGCGACAACCGGCGGCGGCCCAACUGCGAUGGAAACCAACGAACCGGCAACCCAGACCUAG